CGUCCUGUCGUCAUAGGGGCCGUGUCUCCCUAGGGCUUGGACCGAGGACCUCUCUGCCCCUCUUGGCACUCCCAUUUCUAAGCGGCGAGAAGGGUUGGGGGGUGUUGUUAGGGAGUUAGAGGGGUGCUGGUAGGCGAAGUUCGGCGUCCGGAUGGCGGAAGACGGAGGAGGGGAGUUUGAAGCCCUAGUGUGGCGGGGACCAGCCAGGCGAGGCUAGGGAGGCCGUACCCCAUCUGCACGCGUUUCCUUCGCGGGAGGACCUCUCGCCUGGCCCUGGAGCUCUAGUUUGGGAUGUUGAUGCCCAAGAAGAAUCGGAUUGCCAUUUAUGAACUCCUUUUUAAGGAGGGAGUAAUGGUAGCCAAGAAAGAUGUCCACAUGCCCAAGCACCCAGAGCUGGCAGAUAAGAAUGUACCCAACCUUCAUGUCAUGAAGGCCAUGCAGUCUCUCAAGUCUCGAGGCUACGUGAAGGAACAGUUUGCUUGGAGACAUUUCUACUGGUACCUUACCAACGAAGGCAUUCAGUAUCUCCGUGAUUACCUCCAUCUGCCACCUGAGAUUGUGCCUGCCACUCUACGCCGUAGCCGACCAGAAACUGGCCGACCUCGGCCCAAAGGUCUGGAGGGUGAGCGGCCUGCAAGACUCACAAGAGGAGAAGCUGACAGAGAUACCUACAGGCGGAGUGCUGUGCCCCCUGGUGCUGACAAGAAAGCCGAGGCUGGGGCUGGGUCAGCAACCGAAUUUCAGUUUAGAGGCGGAUUUGGUCGUGGACGUGGUCAGCCACCUCAGUGAAGUUGGACCGGAUUAUUUUGUUUUGAAUAAACCUGUAGCCAGAAAAAAA